ACACGCACAAGUCACGAAUGACUCUGUUCGUGUGAGGGAAGGAACUGUUGGGAUUGGACAUGGAGACGACGCCGUUUGUACGCAACAGAUACUGGGUUCUGAGGCACGGCAAGAGCAUUCCAAACGAGAGAGGCCUUAUUGUCUCCUCCGUGGAAAAUGGUACGCGUGCAGAAUUUCAAUUGGCAUCUGAAGGUGUUAAGCAAGCAGAGUUGGCUGGAGAGUUAUUUCUAAAGGAACUGAAGGAAAGUAGCAUACCACUUGAAAAUGUCCGCAUUUGUCACUCUCCAUUUUCAAGAACAACUCACACUGCUAAAGUUGUUGCAUCUAUGUUGAAUCUUCCGUUUGAAGGUCCCCAAUGUAAGGUGAUGGAAGAUCUUCGAGAACGCUUCUUUGGUCCUUCAUUCGAACUUAUGUCACAUGAUAAAUAUGCAGAGAUAUGGGAUCUUGAUCAAAAAGAUCCGUUUAUGCGGCCAGAAGGUGGAGAAAGUGUAGAUGAUGUUGCUUCUAGACUUGCAAAUGCUAUAGCGAUUAUGGAGUCAGAAUUUCAAGGAUGCGCAAUCUUGAUUGUCAGCCACGGGGAUCCCCUGCAAAUCCUGCAGACAGUACUCCAUGCCGUUAAGCAACACAUAGCAUCCAGUAGCAAUGACUUGGCAUCAAGAGUACAAGCAGCUAGAGUGCCUUCCAUCUUGUCACAGCACCGGAAUUUCGCCCUCCUCACCGGAGAGCUACGGGCUGUUAUAUGAACUGAAGUUGUGGCCUUGGAGCCAAUGCCAUGGACCUUGACUGAAUUUACACUAAAUUAUUGUGAGAGUCAAAUUUCUGGGAUAAUUGUGAGGCUUAGGGCGAUAUUUUUAAAUGAGGGUUAAGGGCUACCUUUUUUCCACCUAGCAAGAGCUAACCAACCUCUUGGAAGAUCCAAAACAUGACCGCCCUCCCUUUGCUCGCUUGGCUAGCUUUAGGUAGCUUUGUGGGACGAACAAUGCCUUCAGACAUGCUAAAGAAGUUUAAGGAUUUGCAGUUUGGACAAUGAGGGAGCAGCAGCUAUAGUGAAGGGGCAGUUCAGAUGAGUUCUUGCUUGAAUCACAACUGAUUUCCAGGAUCUACAGACACUGCCUAAGCGAACGCCUUCAAUUAGAUCCAGGCACUAUAAGAUGACCAUAUGGGGAUG